AUGAGCACCUCAUCACUUGUAACCCAAGAUCAGAUACACGGGUUCCACAAAACUGAUCGAGAAAUUUUUGCUCGAUUGGUCAUCAAUUUCAUGAGAGAUCCGGCUGAGUCCUUGCUGGUUAUGGCCUUAUGGCUAUGGCUUCAAGACAAGGGCUUUAACCUCAUGGCCAACAUGUUGACGCUUCCUGACACCAUAGUCAAUGCUUUAGCUGAUGAAGCUGUAAUGUGCUUGAAGUGCCUAGACGCUAAGACAAGUCUCAAUACCAUGUCAAGGCUUGCCCCAAACGGCCUUCCUUUUACCUCAAGGCUCAUGGAAAGGGAAAUCCCACUGGACAUGUUCAGCCAAAGCAGAUACACCAUAAUCAGUGGGGUGAAAAAUUUUCUUACCAAUAUUUGUGCUAGAAUUUUUACUGAUAUUUUGCAGAGGGUUUUGUACCCAAAUCUCCAAGGUCUUCUUGAUCCUAACCAGCCUCUUGCAGUUCCUGGAUUUCCUCAUCCAGUGUUUGGCAGUGUAACAAUAAUUAACCCCAUGUUCUCAAGUGACCAUGGAAUUCCCACAGGAGGCUUAUGGGGCUGGCAUCCAUAUAUUGAGCUAUCUGUUGAUGACAGGACUAUGUUUCUAACAUUUUCUAGGGGCUUUCCUGUGUCAGAAGAAGAGGUUAAGGAGCUCUUCAUAGAUUUACUUGGGUUUUAUAACUGUGUUGAGAGUGUGCAGAUGGAGCAAGUUGGUCCAAAUGAGCAACCUUUGUAUGCUAAAAUGGUGUUAAUUUCUGUCAUUUUUGUUGACAAAAUUCUGAAAGGGAACCGGGUUUCAAAGUUUCGAAUCAAUGGCAAGCACAUUUGGGCUCGGAAGUACGAGCGCAGGGAGUAG